AUGGUUAGUUCAAGCGGUAGUUCAGAAAAAUCAGCAACAUCAAAAGAUGUUUUGCUCGAUUUUCUUGCUGGUGGAACAGCUGUAUGUAUCAUGUUGUUAUUUGUUUUACAUGUGUACAAGUUGUAUGACGCACAAGGAAAAAAAUACAAAGGCUUUGGAGAUUGUUUCGCUCGAUGUAUUCGUGAAGAAGGAACUAUUUCACUGUGGCGUGGUAAUUGGGCAAAUGUUAUUCGUUAUUUUCCAACACAAGCAUUAAACUUUGCAUUCAAAGAGCGUUAUCAAAAACUUUUUGCUAAUUAUAAUCCAAAAUCAGAUCCAUAUAAAUUUUUUCUGGGUAAUCUUUUUGCUGGUGGCAUGGCUGGUGCAACAGGUUUAUUAUUCGUCUAUCCACUUGAUUUUGCUCGUACACGUCUUGGUGUUGAUAUUGGAAAAUCAGUUAAUGAACGCCAAUUUAGAGGCAUGAACGAUUGCAUGGCGAAAAUUUACAAGGCUGAUGGUAUUCGAGGGCUCUAUCGAGGGUUCUCCAUUAGUGUUGCUGGCAUAUUUGUCUAUCGAGCAUUUUAUUUCGGUGGUUAUGAUGCUGGAAAAAAAUUUAUGUUUGGUGACAAUCCCAAUCCGAGUAUACUCUAUCGUUUUCUUUUUGCCCAAUUCGUUACAUCAUCAUCUGAAUUUCUUGCUUAUCCACUUGAUACUAUCCGACGUCGUUUGAUGAUGCAAAGUGGUCGUGGUGAUAUUAUCUAUCGAGGAACAUUGGAUUGUGCUCGAAAAAUUGCUGUUACUGAAGGCCUAACAGCUUUUUUCAAAGGCAAUUUAUCAAACAUGUAUCGAAGUGUUGGUUCAUCAUUAGUACUUGUUCUCUAUGAUGAAUUUAAACGAUGGCUUCUACUUGCCGGUCAAUCAUCAUACGCCAAAUAA